AUGGCGGGAAAAGAAGGAAUAGAUUUUUAUUUAAAAGUUUAUGAUUUGUUUCCACAUUUAAAUAAGCAACAUUUAAGUAGAAUGGCUGGAUUUGAGAUAGAGGCGAUCUGGCACACAGCAAUUGAAGUAGAUGGAGAUGAAUACUUUUUUGGUAAAGGAAUAAUAAAGAUGGAUAAGAAUGUGAUGUAUGGAACUGGUGCUUUUAUAGAAAAGAUUUAUAUGGGCAGACAUAAAACUGAGAAGAAAGAAUUUGAAGAGUUUUUAAAUACACUUAAUGAAAGUCUUUUUAGUCAUGAUAAGUAUCAUGUUUUAAAUCAUAAUUGUAACCACUUUACAAACUUUCUUUCUAAUCACUUCUUUAAGAGAGACAUUCCUAAGAAAAUUUUAGAAUUAGCUGAAAAAGGAAAAGACAGUAAGAUAGUUAGUUUUAUAUUCAAUAACAAGUCUCAGUUUAAUCAAUAA